AUGGAAGCUGGACUGUACUGCAGCUUGUGGAAGCCUUGGGGUCUUGCCUGGAGAAUACGGAUCCUCGGACGCGAGGGCGAGGCAUCCAGCUGCUGUCACAAGUCCUGCUCCAGUGUUAUUCCCUGCUUCAGGCUAAGGAAGAGCAUGUGUGAGGUGCUGUCUCCAGGGCUCGCGGUGUCUGUGCUCAAAGCCAUCUUCCAGGAGGUACACGUGCAGUCCCUGAUGCAGCUGGACCGCCACACCGUCUACAGUAUCAUCACCAACUUCAUGGGCACCAGGGAGGAAGAGCUGAAGGGCCUGGGUGCUGACUUCACCUUUGGCUUCAUCCAGGUGAUGGAUGGGGAGAAGGAUCCCCGCAAUCUGCUGGUGGCCUUCCAGAUCGUGCGUGAUCUCAUUGCCAAGAACUACGCCCUGGGUCCCUUUGUGGAAGAGUUGUUUGAAGUGACAUCCUGCUACUUCCCCAUUGACUUUACUCCACCCCCCAAUGACCCUCACGGCAUCCAGAGAGAAGACCUGAUCCUGAGCCUCCGGGCCGUACUGUCCUCUACACCCCAGUUUGCUGAGUUCCUGCUCCCUCUGCUUAUUGAGAAGAUGGACUCAGACCUGCAAAGUGCCAAGCUUGACUCCCUGCAGACUCUGACUGCCUGCUGUGCAAUCUAUGGGCAGAAGGAGCUGCAGGAAUUCCUCCCGAGCCUCUGGUCAUCCCUGCGCAGGGAGGUGUUCCAGACAGCGAGUGAGAAGGUGGAGACGGAGUGCCUGACUGCACUGCACGCCCUCUCUGUCUGCCUGUCCCGCUCUGUGCUCAGCUCUGACACUGAGGACCUGCUGGAUUCCUUCCUCAGCAACAUCCUGCAAGAUUGCAGGCACCAUCUGUGCGAGCCUGACAUGAAGCUGGUGUGGCCAAGUGCCAAACUCCUGCAGGCAGCAGCAGGAGCCUCCCUCCGUGCCUACCACUGCAUCACCCGCAGUGUCCUGCCCCUGCUUCUGGAGCAGUACAUCAAGCACCCACAGAGCAGCCAGAGGAGGACAAUCCUGGAAAUGCUGCUGGGCUUCCUGGAGUUGCAGCAGAAGUGGGGACAUGUGGAAGAAGACGAGAGCACUCCGCUGUCGCUCCAAGACCGCGUUUGCUCUGUGGUUUUCGCGGCGCUGAUGGAUCCCAGUGUGCAGCUGCAGCUGGUCGGGAUCAGGGCACUGACUGUCCUGGGCUCCCUGCAAGGCUUCCUGUCCCCCUCUGACCUGGAGUUGGUUGUGGAUCACCUCAUCCGUCUCGCUCUCCACGAGGAGGAUUCCCAGAGCAGCGAAGCAGCGAUGGAGGCAGCUGGAUCUCUGGCCCCCAUCUACCCAAAAGUUUUCUCUGGACGCAUGGUACCCAGGCUUGAAGAGGAGCUGCAGUCAGGGCAGGAGGAGGAGAGCUCCCGUGACCACUGCUCCCGGCAGCAGCGCUGCCUGCAGGCCCUGGCAGCCGUGUCCACCCACACCAGCAUUGUGAGGGAGACUGUCCCUGUCCUGCUGCAGCAUCUUCGGACUGUGCAGAAAGGAAGCGAGGCCAAGAAUGCCCAGGACGUGGUCUCUGUGUGCCAGAGCCUGCACCGUGUGGCCCUGCAGUGCCAGCAGGACGUGGAGGGCUGCUGGUACUACCACCAGACAGUAGUGCCCUGCCUGCUGGCCAUGGCCGUUGCCAUGCAAGAGAGCACAUACCCACUGCUGGGCAAGGCAUUGCUAGAGGAAGAGGUGCUGGCUGCCAUGGUCCCCGUCAUCAGCGCUGCCACCACUCACCUGAGCCCUGAGCUGGCUGCCCAGAGUGCGUCUCACAUGGUGCCCCUCUUCCUGGAUGGAGAGGUCUCCUUCCUGCCCCAGAACAGUUUUCCUUGCUCCUUCCAGCCCUUCGAGGCUGGGGAGUGCUUGGAGGCACAGAGACGCCUGGUUGCCCUCCUCAUGGCCUUCGUCUGCUCCUUGCCACAUAAUCCCUUCACAGCCACCACAGCUGCCAAGUGCUUCGCAGGGCUAGUGAACAAGCACCCGGAAGGGCAGCAGCUGGAUGAGAUCCUGCAGCUUGCAGUGAACAGGAUGGAGCCCAGCCUUGUGGAGGGGCCCCGCCGAACACAGGCACUCACCUUGCUGCUCUGGGUGACCAAAGCCCUGGUGUUGCGCUACCACCCCCUGAGCUCCCACCUAACAGACAAGCUGCUGGGCCUGCUGGGCGAUUCAGAGCUGGGCCCUGCUGUGGCCGAUGGCUUCUUCCUGCUCAUGGCGGAGUCCCCAGACGUGCUGCACAAAGGCUGCCACGCCAAUGUGCGCAUCAUGUUCCGCCAGCGCUUCUUCACUGACAACGUCCCCAAGCUGGUGCAGGGCUUCCAUGGGGCUGGCCCCGGCGUGAAGGCCAAUUACCUGAAGGCCCUGUCCCAUGUGCUCAACCACCUCCCCAAGCCCGUGCUGGUGACAGAGCUGCCCACGCUGCUUUCCCUCCUGCUUGAGGCCCUGUCCUGCUCGGACCGUGUGGUGCAGCUCUCCACGCUGAGCUGCCUCCAGCCGCUGCUGCUCGAAGCUCCCCAGAUCAUGAGCCUGCACAUUGACACACUGGUCACCAAGUUCCUCAGCCUCACCUCCAGCCCUACCAUGGCUGUCCGCAUCGCUGCCCUGCGCUGUGCUCACGCGCUUACUAGCCUGCCCGUAACAGUGCUCCUCCCGUACAAGGCCCGGGUUAUCCGGGCACUGGCCAAGCCUUUGGAUGACAAGAAGAGGCUGGUGCGGAAGGAGGCAGUGGCAGCACGGGGGGAAUGGUUCCUGGUGGGGAGCCCAGGCAGGUGA